GGAAACCCACUAUCUUCUAAUAAUAACCUGAGACCUGAUGUCGGGCGCUUAUGUGAACAAACUACAGGCUGACACUUCACUGUUGUUGAACCAACAUGGGGUCUCUCCUGAGGUGCCUGGUGGCUACUUACACUUCUUGAACCCUGUGAAGUUCAUAAGCGCGUGGUAUAUGCACCAUGAGUGAAUCAUUUUCAAGUACUGAUUGGACUACAAGGCCUGUUGCUCAGGCGGCUGGACUGAUGAAGCAGUCUGCAAAUAUCCUUUCAGGAAUCAUUGGAUGAGGAUGUUCCUUCCUACUAAAACACCUCUUGAGAGACUUCUAAUUAUAGGGGAGUCACUGCAGGAGUUUUGCCAUUUCAGUCAAGAUGGCUAUGCCCUCAGCAUUUCUCUGUUUCUGUUGUUGAUUCCCAGACUCAAACUACCACUUCUCGAAAAGCAUUAUUCCUUUCCCCUUGUUGCAGAUACGUUGUCUUGAAAGGCCUGACGACUGUGUUCCCUCCCGAAGAAUGGCUUCAAGAAAGCAAGCUCCGGCACCGCCCCCGCCUCCUCCCCCUCCUCCAGCGCCUAGACAACAACUUGGCAAGCAGCCCGCUGUACCCAAGGAGCCCCAGUAUCCCAUCGGGAGUUUUGGAAUUGGUGUUGAAACCCAAUUCCUUCUUGCAUCCCGUGAUCCAAAGGAGAAUAAGGCGACAACCAUCCGGGAAUUUUCCAGAAUGGUGGCAUCGAUGUACAACUCCUACUUGGCGUCCUCAGCCCCGAAGCAGCAUCCCGGUAUGCACAAUGCCAUCGAUGAGUUGUACUUGGGACCUCGAUUUGCUGAAUGGUCUCUUGAUUCCGAUUCAACAAUUGACAUCCCUGAUAAGAAUCAAGCGCCCUGGGCGCUAGAGAGCAUUUCACCGAUUUUUCGCGCACAUUCAAACUCACCUUGGCGCUCCCAUAUCCGAUUCAUGUGGUCUUUCCUCUCCGCCAAGUUCAAUGUCACUGCAAACAGCAGCUGCGGCACACACGUGCAUCUCUCGUUAGCUGGGGGGUACUCUCUAGAGGGCCUCAAGAAGGUUUGCCAAAGCAUUAUUCAUUUCGAGCCUGCCUUUGAGGCCCUUCUCCCUCAAGACCGACUUUCGAACGAGUAUGCGCGGAGCAACUGGUUGGACAAUGCAAAUUUCGCCCACCGAAACUUGUCCCGGCGCCAGAGUAUUGCGCUCAUCGGACAAGCCUCCAACAUGCGGGAUUUGGUACUGCUCAUGAACCCGAAUCAUGAUAAAAUGUUCGGCUGGAACUUCCUAUACCUGCUCAACACCCCUCACGGAACAAUCGAGUUCAGACGCGGCGCGGCAAGUACCUCUGUGGACGAUGUCUUCAUGUGGAUCGAAGUUGCCAUAUCUUUCGUUCACGCCGCAUUGGAGUUGGGAGAUCCGAGCACUCUUGAGAAAAUACAGCCAACGGUCGGAGGGUUGCUAUCUUUCAUCAAGGCCACCAAUAUCUUCAACAAUGUACCUGGGAUGGGUGAUCAGAGAUACCUGGAUCUUUUCUUUCAAGGCAAAAGCCGGAGUUUGUUGCGUGAACCGAAGCCCCUGGGACAGCUCUCUCCCGCAAAGGCGGCGAAGCUCAAAAAGAAGAGAGAUGAGGACGAGCAAAAGAAUGUUGCAAUGACCAAAAUGAUGCACGAGCCGUUCUGGGGAUAGCACAGUUGCUCUUGCAAUCAGGAAAGUCAAUUCAUGGGAAAAGAGUCUCCUUUCAUUGUUUGAUUUGAUAUCUGCACAGUUCUUGCUUCUGUACUGCAUGUUUUGUACAUAUUCUAUCUCUUGUAUCAUCUUUUUUUGUUGCAGUGGUCUCGUAUUGUUUUGCUUCUGAAAUAGGAAGGGGGCUGGUCACCCUAACCUAGAUACUAUUAUUAUUAUUAUUAUUAUUAUUAUU